AUGUUACAAAUUAACAAAAGAUCUAAAAAAAUUCUUACUGCAAAUCAAAAAUAUGAUAUUUGCAUUAAAAAACAAUCUAUUCCUGCUCCUUCUAACAAAGAAUUAGCAUUAGAAUAUUCUGUUGGUGAAUCCACUAUUCAUGAUAUUCUUCAACAAAAAGAAAAAUGGCUUUCAUUU